GCGCCGCGUGACGUCACGCGCGCGACGACGAUGGAGCUGGGCGGAUGUGUGGCUCUGCGAGUGGGGUCGCGCCUGUGGCGCGGGGCUGUGUGCCGGGGAGCGGCGUCCGCGGCGCGCGCGGGGUCCCGGCUUCACCUGCCGCCGGUGGGGCGGCCUGCCGCGGGACCAGCGCCCCUCCGGGCCUGCCUGACUGCUGCGCUGGUGCGCGGCCUGCGCGGCGGGCCUGAGCGGGAGGAGCGCGCGGACGGCGAGGGCGCCCCGGAGCCUGGCGCUGCAGAUAAUACCGGUCCCAAGUUUGAUAUUGAUAUGCUGGUUUCCCUUCUGAGGCAAGAAAAUGCAAGAGACAUUUGUGUGAUCAAAGUUCCUCCAGAAAUGAGAUACACUGAUUACUUUGUGAUCGGCAGUGGAACGUCCACCCGACACUUACAUGCCAUGGCCUUCUACAUUGUGAAAAUGUACAAAUACCUAAAAUGUAAAAGUGCCCCUCAGGUUAAGAUCGAAGGCAAGAAUACCGACGACUGGCUCUGUGUGGACUUUGGCAAUAUGGUGAUUCAUUUAAUGCUUCCAGAAACCAGAGAAACUUAUGAAUUAGAGAAAUUAUGGACCCUACGUUCUUAUGAUGACCAGUUAUCUCAGAUACCACCUGAGGCACUACCUGAAGACUUCAUUCUUGGACUAGAAGAAGAGGACAUGUCCAUGGUGACUCCAGUGGAGUUCAAAUGGUAUCUGGAAAAUGAAGCCGCACUUGGGGCACUUUAUAGAUGAGGAAUGAUCCAUAUAUGGUGUCUGGUCACGAGGGACAACAACCUCAGCACUUGACAGAUUCUGGAGUUCAUUCACCUGAAAGAAAAACACAGAUCAUGGUAAGCAGCAUUUUAAGAAUAUUACUAUUUCCUAAGCACUUACUAUACAUGAGACACUGAGCUGUGG